AUGUCUUCCACCGAAAACCCGGUAUUAGGGGCGCCCAAAGACCACGAGUCAUCCACUUCUCCGCAGGAGUCCCAACCGCAACAAUCCCAACCAGAAUCCUCCCUCACCGCUGAAAACCUCGUCGCUGAAUCAGUCUCAUCUACCAUUCCAUCAAACCAAGCCCAGCCAGACGAUGCGCCCGCCGUAAGCCACCCGGUAACUGGUGGCGAAACUACCACCCCCGUAGAGGCGACGGCCACCAUACCGGGCGAACAGCCAGCGACCGUGAUCGCGCAGUCUCAGAGUACGGACGCUGAGGAGCUGAAGCCUGGUGCGGAGCUCUCGUCGGAGCAGGAGGAAGUCGAGGGGAAGGAGAGUGAUGGGCCUUCGUUGGACAUUACCUUGCUCUUGACAACGGGAUCACGACACCCGUUUACGAUCGAUGGUCAAUAUCUGCAGAAGCGGUCUGUUAACGUGGAGAACUACGAUCCGUUCGCGAUGAGCGUAUACACCCUGAAGGAAUUGAUCUGGCGAGAGUGGCGAUCUGAUUGGGAAACUCGUCCCUCAUCUCCGAGUUCAAUUCGUCUGAUUUCUUUUGGAAAAUUGUUGGAUGACAAGUCGCCUCUCUCUGAAUCAAAAUUCAACCACGAUGCUCCUAAUGUCGUACAUAUGACUGUCAAGCCACAGGAGGUGGUCGAUGAAGAGGACGCCAAGGGUGCAAAGGCGCAGUACAGCCGGGAACGCGACAGUAACGAGCGCAGCCCUGGCUGCCGCUGCGUGAUUCUAUAG